AUGCGGUUCCCCGUGCGCCUACCGUCGCCAUCAACCACCGCGGCCGCGGCCGCUGCCACCGUCGGGGCCGUACUCGCCGCCGUCGCGCUCCGCCGCUACCUAUCCGCUUCCCGCCACCGCCCACCUGCCUGCGUGUCCAUGUCCGCGGCCGCCGGAGCAGCCACCACGCUCGUGGCGUACGGCAAGUCAGCGCAGGAGCAGGAGCUGCUUGCCUCCGCGGCCGGUUCCGUCGCCCUAGGGGAGGGAGAGCCGGACGGUGAGGUCUCCGUCGCGCUCGCCUACGAGGGCGCGGGCUUCGACGCUGCCGUGUACAUGAGCGCGCCCGGGCGCGCCGGUUUGGGAGGUGGAUGCUCUGGACGCCCAGGAUUGGUUCCACGCAGGACCUCGUCGCGCGGUGAGUGCCCUGGGGAUUGGGCUUUCGUUUGGUCUUAUCUUAUUUUACUGUGCUUUGAUUCGGCGUCUGCUCGUGUUCGAAGGAACUUUGCAAAGCUACCGGUGGGCGUUGUGUGCGUUGCCGACGUGCAGUUCAAAGGGAGAGGCCGUUCAAAGAAUGUGUGGGAAUCACCACCGGGCUGUCUCAUGUUCUCUUUCGCAUCACAGAUGCAGGAUGCACGGAAGUUGCCCCUUAUGCAAUAUGUUGUUUGCCUUUCUAUUACCGAAGCUAUCAAGGAGCUAUGCCGUGCCAAGGGACUACCAGAACUUGAUGUGAGGAUUAAGUGGCCUAAUGAUCUCUAUCUGAAAGGAUUAAAAGUUGGUGGCAUUCUAUGUACCUCAUCUUAUGAACCCAAAGUCUACAAUAUUUGUACGGGUGUUGGUUUAAAUGUUGACAAUGCGAAGCCUACCACAUGCUUGAAUGCUGCACUUCAAGAGGCAAAUCCUACAUCACCCAUAUUGAAACGAGAAGACAUACUGGCAUACUUCUUCAAUAAAUUCGAAAAUCUAUUCGAGAUCUUCUUGAACCAAGGAUUUCAGGCUCUUGAGGAGCAAUACUAUAACUCAUGGCUUCAUUGUGGCCAGAGAGUUGUCGUACAAGAUGCACAUGAAAGCAAGUCAGGUGGUGUUGUCACCAUCCAGGGGUUAACACCAACUGGGUACUUAUACGCUAUUGAUGAGGAUAACAAAAGCUAUGAGUUGCACCCAGAUGGCAACAGCUUUGAUUUCUUCACUGGAUUGGUGAGGAGAAAGAUGGAAGCUUAG